UUAUACGAUACACGCCUUUGCUGCUGCUACGCCCCGCUCUUCACUCGUGAACACCGAGCACGGCUACGUGCAGUCCAAGCACCGACUAGCCAAACCUCCGAAGCUCCCUUCGGGCGCCAGUCUCGAGUCCUCCUGCUCGGAUCAUCGGCGACGCUUCUCUCAGUCGGUGUCAAUCGAGCACGGAGGUUGUGAUUUGCGAGGCACAACACAAUGUCGAUGUACGGGUUUGAGGCGUUGAAUUUCAACGUGGAUGGCGGCUACCUGGAGGCCAUAGUGCGAGGGUACAGAUCUGGGCUGCUCACGUCUGCGGAUUACAACAAUUUAUGUCAAUGUGAAACUCUGGACGACAUCAAAAUGCAUCUUGGAGCCACUGAUUAUGGGCCUUAUUUGGCAAAUGAGCCAUCACCCCUUCAUACUGCAACAAUUGUGGAAAAAUGCACGCAGAAGUUGGUGGAUGAGUACAAUCACAUGUUGACGCAAGCAACUGAACCGCUGUCAACCUUUCUUGAGUACAUCACGUAUGGACAUAUGAUUGACAACGUAGUGCUCAUAGUCACAGGCACGUUGCACGAGAGAGAUGUUCACGAGCUUCUUGAAAAAUGCCAUCCUCUAGGCAUGUUUGACAGCAUUGCAUCUUUAGCAGUUGCUCAGAACAUGCGGGAGUUGUAUCGCCUUGUGCUUGUUGAUACUCCCUUGGCCCCUUAUUUCUCAGAGUGCAUUACUUCCGAAGAUCUUGAUGACAUGAACAUAGAAAUCAUGCGGAACACCCUGUACAAAGCAUACCUGGAGGACUUUUACAGGUUCUGUCAGAAACUUGGAGGUGCAACUUCUACGAUUAUGUGCGACCUGCUCGCCUUUGAGGCCGACCGCCGUGCUGUGAAUAUCACCAUCAAUAGUAUUGGAACAGAGUUGACACGUGAUGAUCGACGAAAGCUGUACUCUAAGUUCGGUAUCUUGUACCCAUAUGGGCAUGAAGAGCUGGCGGCAUGUGAUGAUUUUGAUGCCGUUCGAGGAGCUAUGGAAAAGUACCCUCCAUACCAGGCCAUAUUUUCGAAGCUGUCUUUUGGCGAAAGUCAAAUGCUGGACAAGGCAUUCUAUGAAGAGGAAGUCAAGAGGCUAAUCUUGUCUUUUGAACAACAGUUUCACUACGCGGUGUUUUUUGCCUAUAUGAGACUACGCGAGCAGGAGACCAGGAAUUUGAUGUGGAUAUCAGAAUGUGUAGCCCAGAAUCAGAAGUCACGAAUUCAUGAUGGUAUUGUUAUGACUUUUUAGAGCCCUAUCUCAUGCUUAACACAUUUUCAAAGAAGGGUUGCACCACGGUCCCGUAAAGUGCAAUCAUUUUUUGCGCCCAAGUUUUUUUCUUCCGAAAUCUAGAGGCAAGAAAUAAGUUGAAGUUGCAUUGGCUAUCUAAAAGUUGAUACCAAAUUCUGGCUAUUUAUAUCUUAUGACCACAAGUGUAUUGCUUUCAGUAGAAAGCUAUUAUUCUGUUCAAUACAGUCUUCCUUCAUGUA